AUGUCUCCCCGCUACGGUGCCCUCGGCGUAACCUUCCAACUAUCCCGCCUCUUCCAAGCCUGCUCCCUAAUCGCCAUAAUCGGGAUGACGGCCAAGUUCAUCAGCGUAAUAGUAAACAGCAACGCCACACCCCCAAACAUCCUAAUUGGAACAAUCAGCGUGACCUGCAUCGCAGCAAUCUAUUGCAUAAUCACCGCAAUCCUGUACACAGACGACAUCCUCCCAUUCCUACCCUGCGCAGUGCUCGACGCUUUGCUACUAAUCGCACUGAUUGUCGUCGCCGUCAUCGUCGGCAAGCCGCUCUCGUACUUGAAAUGUACGACGCUGGCGGAGCUGGGCGAUAAGGAUGCUACAGCAUAUGCGUUUGCAUCGAGACUUUCGAGUUAUAUUGCCAGUGUUAGUGGGAAGAUUGAUUAUGUUUCGUGGAUUGGGGCCUCGAAGGCGAUUUGUAUUGAGACGAAGGCUAUUUGGGGGUUGAGUAUUGCACUUUGCAUUCUCUUUUUCUUCUCUGUUAUUUGCAAUGUCUGUUUGUGGUUGCAAAAGAAGAAGGCUCUUGCUGUGAAAAGUUUGGAGUAA